UGCUCGGUCUUUCGAGGUUCGGCAUGUUUUCUAGUAAUGCGCAGCUCGUUUAAUCAAGAUAUCACCCUUGCGUCGAAUUUACGUGGAUCAGUUUUGUAAAACUCUUUCAGCGGGAUACAGUGUUGCAAAUAUCUGUGAUCACCAAAGUGUGCAGUAAUAGCCAAGCACGCCUUUGUUAAGUCGUAUUUUCCAUGAAACGAAGCAGAUGCCGCUGGAAGCAGACACUACUGUUGAUGACAUUGUGCCUGGACAGUUGUAAUUCACUGAAGUGUGAAAUACAAAGAGAUGAUCCUGCAGGUUAAGAAUUACAAAAAGCUUAUUGAUAUGAAUCCAGAAUAUUUCUAAGUUGUGUUGGCAAAACUGACUUUCAACAUCCCAGCCGGAAGAAGUUUUUUAAUAAACUGCAUAGACCAACCUCUACAAUUGUGAACAAUUGUUUAAUUUAAAAUAAAAAGAUCUAUGGCUUGAUAACACGUGUAAGUCAGGACUAUUUAAAAUAACCAACAGAGCAGUAAAUGCAACAACGAGAAUAGCUUGAAUAUUAACCUUAACGUACAGCUACUACGUACACCAGUUUUUAUGGGUAGAAAGUUUGGAAGAAUAGCCGUCUCAUAUACCAUGAAGCAACUGCAACACCAGAAUUUUGGGGCAGUAUUUUAUAAAGUAGAGGCUAAACAUGUGUGGUGUUUUUCUUUCUUUGCUUUUAUGUGCUAUUUUAUAGACAAUUGACAUAAUGAUUAGAACCCAGAAGAUAGUUUUUGAAAAUUUGUUUUCGUUGUUUUGUCCUGAACUUAGGAAAAGCUAUUUACUAUUGGUAUUACUAUUAUUGUGUUAAACGGAAAUACUCGUUGAAAUAAAACCUGUAUUGAUUACAUAAUUGGGUGAACUGAUAGCAUAGAAUAAUAUCAUAACAAUUAUUUAAGUAGUGAAUGCUAAUAAGUUGAUUUCUGAGAUAGAUACCUUCCUUACGUGAGAGUGGAGUAAGACAUAUAUCUAUAUUGUUAUGAAACGGUUAACCAUUCCAAAUAUGAGGAAUAAUCGCGAUCCAGGGAAAAUUGUGAAAUAUACACCCUAUACCAAGCAAGAUCAGCAACUGGAUGAUGACUUGGAUGAAAUAGCAGUUGUCAGCAGCGCAGCACCGGAAAAUGUUAAAUACGGAAGCGGAGCGUUAACCGCUAACGGACCUCGCGUGGUCCCAGGCAUCAUCACCUCAACAGGGACUGAACGUACACGCCUUGUGUCCGAACAACGGGUAAUUGUCAGCACUCCGCGACAACCCACCGUUUCACCAGUAUAUUCUACCAAAUCAUCAGAAAAUUUAAAGAUGAAAUCAGCAUCAAGACAAAGUCUUCUGGAAAGCAUGGCCAACAAGUUCCAUACAGGGGACCUGAAGCGGAGAUCACGUGACUCCAUGGCUUUCGUGAAUAAAGCUCACAUCAACUCUGACUUGGAAAUUCCUCGUAAAACAAGAGAACAGAGAAGAAAGGAAAUAAAGCGCGAAUUUGAAAAAUGGGAAACGUCAACAUCUGGCAGCGAUAGAAGUGUCUGUUCUUGGACUUUCGUAUUUGAUCCAUCAGGUAGACUUUGCUAUUAUUGGUCCAUGAUUGUAAGUGUUGCUUUCCUCUACAAUUUCUGGGUGAUGAUCUACCGUUUUGCCUUCCAAGAAAUAAAUAAGAAAACUAUCUUGGCUUGGCUUACUUUGGAUUAUAUUGCAGAUUUUCUGUAUGUUCUUGACAUCUGUUUUCACUUUCGAACUGGUUAUUUAGAAGAAGGAGUCUUACAGACGGACUAUGAGAAACUUAGAAAACAUUACAUGAACUCAACCAUGUUCUACAUUGACUGCCUUUGUCUACUUCCAUUAGAUUUUCUAUAUCUAUCUAUCGGCUUUAACUCGAUUCUUCGGUGCCUACGUCUUGUAAAGAUCUAUCGCUUCUGGGCUUUCCUCGAUCGUACAGAAAGACACACCAACUACCCUAACGUCUUUCGAACUCUCUCUCUUAUUCAUUACCUCCUGGUGAUAUUUCAUUGGAAUGCUUGUCUGUUUCACAUCAUCUCAAAAAAUGGUGGGUUUGGAACACGUGAUUGGUUUAAUCCGCGAGAUGAAAACUGUAACGAUGUCCUUUGUGAGUAUCUUCACUCCUUUUAUUGGAGUACGCUGGCCUGGACCACCAUAGGAGACCUUCCCCGGCCGAGGAUCCGAGGAGAAUAUAUGUUUCUUGUACUGGAACUUGUAUUUGGGUUGUUUCUUUUUGCUGCUGUCUUAGGCCACGUGGCUAAUAUUGUCACAAACGUCAGUGCCGCCAGAAAAGAGUUUCAAGCAAAAUUAGAUGCAGUCAAAACCUACAUGCGCAUGCGCAGAGUACCUGAUCAUUUACAAAACAAGGUCAUCAAAUGGUUUGACUACUUGUGGAUGACCCAGAAAUCAUCCGACGAGGAAAGAUCUGUUGGCUGCCUUCCAGACAAACUUAAAGCCGAAAUAGCCAUUCACGUGCACUUGGACACCUUAAAACGUGUGGAGAUAUUUCAGAAUACAGAAGCUGGGUUCCUAUGUGAGCUGGUUUUAAGGUUGCGACCUGUACUAUUCAGUCCCGGAGACUACAUCUGUCGGAAAGGAGAAGUAGGAAAGGAGAUGUACAUAGUGAAUCGUGGUCGCCUUCAGGUAGUCACAGACAAUGGUAAAACAGUUCUGGCUACACUCAGAGCAGGAAGCUACUUUGGAGAAAUCAGUGUUCUCAACAUGGGGACCGCCGGAAAUCGUCGUACAGCUUCAGUGCGAUCCGUCGGCUAUUCGGAUCUCUUCUGCUUGUACAAGCAAGACAUGUGGGACGUUUUGAAGGAUUAUCCGGCAGCCCGCAUCAGAUUGGAAGCCAUUGCUGUUAAAAGGUUAGAAAAGUACAGAAAAGAACCUCUUAGGAAAAUUGCAGUAGGAAGAAGCAGAAGCACACCGGGGUUGGUCGAAUCUCGGGGCAAAGUGCCAAUAGAAGAAAUGCAGGUGGCGCCACGAGAUCCUUCCGCGUCUGCUGCAUAUCUUCUAACGGAUGAUGAUCAUCAGAAGACGACCACAAUACCUCUUUCUCAAAGUGGCGUCCGAGCAACAACUAGAGCCAGUAGUAGUAAAAGCAGCAGUACAGAAACAGAUAUCAGGCCUCAUAAGACGUUGGAGCCAAUACUUCCAAUUAUUCACACCCCUCAGUCUCCGAAACCGACGCCCACUCGUUCUUUCUUUACCAACGUUUCUAAGGAACGGAAAAAGGGCCUUGGAGGAGUGUCUUCAGCAAAUCUCCUUUCUCUUCGCCCUUCUUCACCCUACUUCGUCCAUUCCCCAGCUUCUAACACGUUAGAUGUGUCUCCUAUUACAGACUACUCAGCAUUAAGCCCGGCCAGUCUAGACCAAGUAUUUUUCGGUGGUCCUACAUCCCACUCGAGCCACCUUUCUGUUCCAUCACCGAUGCUGAGAGGUAGUGGCAGUGUAAGCCCCAUCAGUGUCAAUACUUCUCGUGAAAACCACCAGGAAGCGUUAGUAGCUGAAAUCAAACGUCUUCGAGAGCGCCUUGUGACACUAGAAACUGAGAAUGCUUCCCUGAAUAUGAAACUGAGUCAGCAGCAAUGGCAAGUAGAAAACAGGCUUGCCGAAAUAGAGCUACAAAUUUGUGGCACUGGACGAGGCGCUAGUAGCGCUAGCAAUGGGAGUGAAGAUGACAGCGAAAGAAAUCGAGAAUCUGUUAUAUAAAUAUCGUGAUAAUGUAUUUCAUACGUUGCCUACACUGUUAAUAUAUCUUUAAUAUCUAAAACCAUGAAGUAUCUGUUCGGUGUGUAAUUAAUUACAAUGAUCUACAAGAAAAAAAUGCAUAUUUUUACCAAUGGGUUAGCCACAAAGAUGCUGCAUUGCAAGGAACUAUUCGGAGUUAAGUUGAGUUAAGCCUACUUCACUCUCUAAUAUGUGUAGCAUUUUCGUAUAUUAUCGUACAGCUUUCGUAAUUUUUCCAGUAAUAACAUAUUUGAUAUUCUAGUGCUUGCAUUUUACUUUUUUAAAAUAAAAAUAACGGCUUGUCCAAUACUAAAAUGUAUGCCAGCAGAAAAUCAUAAGCCAAGUCUUAUUUCCAAAACAUCAGUCGUUUAGACAAUCCUUUACAUCUACAAUUCAAAUGUAAUAACAUUUGUAGGAUAAGAAGGGUUGUUCAAAUACUGAGUUAAUGUGUGUGUGUUAUUUUUAAACCAUUGUAUAGGUUUCAAUUAUAUUUUAUUCAUAUUAUGCAUUACUUAUGUAUCAUAAAUUUUACUCUAUUAAACCGAAACCAAAAUCCCAUUAUAGGUAUAACUGUGGAAGAUGCGUGAUGUAAACGUGCAUGCACCAUCUAUAAACAUGGAUUAUACUAUGUUGUAUCUAUUAUAAUCGUUAAGUCAUUCAAAAACACUACAAACUCAGGAAUAAUUAUCAUAUAUAUUUAAGGUUUGGGGUUUUUCAUAAUCAAGAUAAAUCAGCAAAUCUUUGCUAGCAGAGAGUUCUAAGGUAUGAAAAACAAAAGUUUAUAUUUCUGAUAUCAAUACGGCAUGUUUUAUUAUAUGUCCAAAAAGCUCGAAAUUUAAAUGAAGAAAUUAACAAAAGAUUUAGGUCUCUGUAAGUUCAAAGCUGUAGAACUAAUAUCAAAGUGUGUUAUUUGAUUUACCCAGCAAGUAAAAUCUAUCAUUCCUUUUGUACUUUUGUAUUCAUUGCGUAUUUCAUUCUCAAUUUUCACCAUGCAAAAUUGUGAUAUAACAUUAAUGCUAAUUUUGGAUAAUAGUUUUAACCGAUUGUAUAACAUACGGCGUAAUUAAGCGCCAUCUUUAUGAGAUCCGAUUAUACUGUCUAAAGCAAUUUGCCUAACAUAUACUAACAUAUUCACGUGAACACUGACUGAAACUGAAAGCUGAUUUUUUUGUGUUUGUGUGAUGAUUCCGAUU